GUUCGACGCAGCUUGCUCUCGACCGCCAUGUCAGACACGACUCCCGCCCCCGACACGACGACGCCCGCCGACACCGCGCCUGCCCCCGAGGUCGCCGCAGCCGUUCCUAUCCCAGAGACGCCAGCACCGGGUGCAGACGCCGGUGCCGCGGAUAGCCAGGAGAAGAAGGGCGACGAUGAUGCAGGGGACGAGCCCCAGAACACACUCACGCGGAAGUUCAGCGACGCAGAAUGGACAGCCGUGAAGGAACUCAGGGCGCAGCUUCCGGAGAUCUUCGCGGAGGCGUAUGCCGCGAAGGAGGACAAGCAGGCCCCGGUGACCCUCUGGGGCGUGCAGAUCGACCCGGCAAGCCCGAAGGACGCCCGUGUGAGCGUCGUGCUCAUCAAGUUCUUGCGCGCAAGGGACCUCAAGGUUGCUGAGGCACGCAAGAUGCUCACCGACACGCUCAAGUGGCGAGAGGACUUCAAGCUUGCGGAGGUUCUGAAGGAGGAAUUUCCCGAGAAGAUAUUUGGCGGGCUUGGUAAGAUCUACGGCAAGAGCAAGGAUGGGCACCCAGUCGUUUAUAACAUAUACGGUGGCUCCGACGUGAACGCCGUCUUCGGUGACGUCGACCGGUUCCUGCGCUGGCGUGUCGCCUUCAUGGAGAAGUGCAUUGAGGAGCUCGACUUCGAGAACGUUGACCAGAUGGUGCAGAUCCACGACUACGAGGGCGUCAGCAUGAUGUCGCGUACACCCGGCCAGAAGGCCGCAGCCUCGCAAGCCUCCGCGCUCUUCUCGAGCUACUACCCCGAGCUCCUGUCGAGGAAGUUCUUCGUCAACGUGCCGACGGUCAUGGCGUGGGUCUUCUGGCUGUUCAAGGCGCUCGUGCCCGCGAAGACGAUGGAGAAGUUCAGCAUGGUCGGCACGGGCCCGAAGGUGAUCGGCGUGGAGCUCCUGCCUCUUGUUGAUGCGGGGGAGCUGCCGAAGCGGUAUGGCGGCGAGGCUCUGGGUUGGGAUUAGGCCUCUGCCCUGUUGCGAUCGUGGUGGUGGAUCUACUGUAGCUUGAUUUAGUUUGCUUUAUUUCUGGAAUACCCCCCUCUAGUCUCAAUGGGAAUUCGGCUCGUCUACUAACCACUCAAUACAAUGCGCAGCUGAAUGGUAUGUGCAUGAUCAUAUUGCAUGUACAUAUCCUACGUGCUUCAUGCGAGCCACACGACAGAAGAAAAUGAUAGACGGAAUAAAUACUAGUACAGAGACAAUACACCUAUGGAUACACGCCGAGACAGUCUAUGAGCGCUCGCCGCGGAGCCGCCGCGCGAGCGCGAGGUCCUUGGGCUGGAUGGUGACACGCUUCGCGUGGAUGGCGGCGAGGUUGGUGUCCUCGAAGAGGGAGACGAGGUAUGCCUCCGACGCCUCCUGGAGCGCCAUCACGGCGGACGAC